UUAAGUAGUUUCCUUUAAUUACAAGAGACUAAAUAAACCAACCUAAGCCCUCAUUGUCUUCAACACCAAGAAACCAUUCAGAGGUGUCCGAAAGGAAAAUGGUGAUCACCACUCGUAUGAUCUAUCUUGUAGUCGUGAUUCUCGUGAUCGUGAUCUCUAGGGUCGAAGCCGGUGGCUACGAAGACGCGUUGGGAUACGUCCUCCGAACCGGACCGUCCUCUAACUGCAGAGGAAUUACAAUCGCAGAUUGUAUGUCGGAAGAAGAAGAGUUCGAACUCGAUUCUGAGAUCAGCAGGCGCAUUUUAGCAUCCAAGAAGUACGUUAGCUAUGGUGCGAUGAGGAAGAACAAUGUUCCCUGUUCCAGACGAGGCGCAUCUUACUACAACUGCCAACGUGGCGCUCAGGCUAACCCUUACAGCCGCGGAUGCAGCACUAUCACGAGGUGCAGGCGUUAAAAUUUGAAUCUCCUGUUUCAAUCUUUCGUUGUUUUUUUGUUUGUUUGUUUGUGUGUUGUGUCUUUUUAAAUGUAUUUUAUAUGUAUACGUAUUUUACCUAAGGCUACGGAUGUGAGAGGUUUAAUUGUCGAACAAAAACAUUAUACUUAUGUUUAUCUAUGCUCUUCGUUAUUUAAUUCGGAAUCUC